UGUUCUGAAAUUAAGUAUAUAAUAAGCUGUCUACAACACAAAUAACAAUACAGCACAGCACUUUUAAUAUGAGUCAUAUAAAGCCCAAUAAAGCAUCCAAAUACAUUAUAUCAUGGAAGGAAAUAAAGCCAACUGUAAAUGGCCCCCCAAAGUUUGAUUCUGCCUUACAUCCGAAAUACAACAAAAAAGCAAAAAAGGCACAUUUAAAAGCCACAACAACCCUCUUUAAAGGGCAGAAAAAAGGACAACAGCACAUGGGCUACACCUAUCCAUCAAUCAUGAGAGCCUUCAAGCCAAAAUACACCAGCCUUAUCAUCUUCACACGCAUCCACACAAAAACUUCAACAUCUCAGCUCUUCUCUACCACUUCAUGGACAUCCACCAACAAUUCUUUCACUUGGUUGUCCAGGCUGCAAAUAGGAUGUUAAUAAAUUUCUUGUAAACAAGCAAUCCAGUGCACAUUGGCAUAGACGAUGUCCGAGAACAUGCAUCGCUGCAAGAGUGUAUUGAAGAAAAGUUUUCUCUGAUCAUGUUAACAAGAGACCGCUUUCAAGGAUUGAACCUUCCAUGUGAGCGUUAUAGUCACACUACAAUAUCAUAUCUAGUGUGCUUAGGCUCUUCCCCUUUCUCACAAUACUUUCCUUGUAUUUAGGAGAAAACAUGAUAUUUCUAAUUUGGAAUAUCAUACUUCUUCCGC